UUAUGGUCAGUUCAGUGGACGUGCAGCUGGACAAAUGUCUGAACAUCUGGAUGGACGCUGUGGACUUCUCCUGCCUCCCUCGUCACAGAACCCUGGGCUUGGCAGCGACUGUGAGAAACUGGGGAGGUCUCAGGCGGACACUACAAAGCGAGCAGGGAAGAUCAUGUCAGGCUUUCUCCGAGGGGGUUUCGGUGCAGGCGGUAGCGGUCGUAGCCUACUCCGGACCGGGAAGCAGCUCUUCCUCAUGCAAAGAGCCAACAUUUAUGGCAAACCUCCCAAAGAAAAAAUCGGCCCUGUGGCUUCUGUAUUCUGUUUGUCAGUUUUUGCAUUGACCCUUCUGGGACCAGCGGGCUGGAUUCUUCAUCAUCUGCAAGAAUGCCGCAAAAAAGAUUAGGACAAACAACAAAGGAUUAGGACAAACAACAAUUCUUUGUGAUCAGCGCACGGAUGCAUUCAGAAACUGCAAUCUUUUUCGAACCUUUAGCUAAAAAACAUCCCAUGUUGAUUGUGUACAAUAAAAUUGUCCUCUGCCUGUGGGCGCUGUACCUUUUGUCUCGAACCGCUACCCCCACCCAGUUUUGCCUUCUGAAUGUGGCGACGUGUCUUCCCUGUUCUGUUUUUAGGUUUGUUUUCCUUUGUUCCUCUGGGAAAUAAAGUUCCAGUGAAGAGUU